ACAGCUCUUUGGCGAUGAAGGUCCGAAGGUUUCCUGUGAAGUGAUGGAUAAGGACUACACAUUACUAGGGGUUGUUUUGAAGGGAGAUAACUCAAGACAGGAAGAUAGGUGCUUGGGAGCCGUUAAAGUCUUCACCUCACAGAUAGUCGAAGUAACUUUGGAUUGGCUCAAGGAUGUCAUGAGAAGACAACUUGUUUGUUUUCUGGAAAAUCUUCAUUUCUGCACAAAAGAAGGGUGGAGUAUAAAGGCUGAUCUGGAGAAGAGUUUGAAAAUUCAGGAUGUUUUAACAGAAGAGAAAACUGUUCUUGUCCAAAGGAGUCAAAAUGAAAAAAAAAUAGCCAUUCAGAACACGGAGAGAGAGGUGCUGGGCUUUGUGUUAUGUGCAGUUCAAUCCAAACUCAGUCAUUUGAGAUCAUUGAUUGAAGAUCAGAUACUUGAUGAAGGAAAUAGAUCUUUCCUAGAAUUCCAGUUUUUAGAACAAAAUGGCUGGCCUGUCAGUCCCAAACAAGAAAGUAGUCUGUCUGUUCUUGAUGUCUUAAAUGAAAGGCAUGUCAUGAUCAGGUUCAAGUCCUCACUAACCAGAGUAUCUCCUCAGUACAAGGCAGGCACUGUAAAUAGGAAGCGCCACUUGUCGUUUCGGUCCAGCAAAGACCUGGAGAGGGUAUCCCCCGCUGACUCCAGUGUGGGAGACGUGACAGGGUCAGUAAAACAGAUACUCAUCAGCUACGUCAGAGCAGAGGCAGCACAGCAUGCACUGAGGCUCAAACAGGAGUUAUCUGCUCUUGGAUUCAGUGUGUACUUGGAUGUACAUGAGAUUAGGUCAGGCUUGGACUGGCAAGAUUCCCUGAAUUAUGCUGUCAGUAACUGUGAAUUUUUUGUUGCUCUUGUCACGCCAAAAUAUGGAGAAACUCAAUGGACGAAUAGGGAGAUUAAACUAGCUGAUGUUCUGGGAAAGUUUAUAGUUCCGGUCAGCUUUCUGGAUAGCUGGCCACCGCAGUGUCUAGCCAUACAGUUUGCCACCACACAAUACAUUGACUGGAAAACUCAGGCACAGAUUACUGCAGAAAUAGCUGAGGGUUCCAAUUCAGCCAAAGAUAUCAAAGUAUGGGAACACAGGCAUAUCCGAGAUGUGGCGUGUAAAAUAAAAGAUCACCUUAUAAAAGCUAAAGAAAAGGCUCUACAGAAGAAAACUUCAUUAGUUAAAAGGAAAACGGUUGUUAAAAGUUGUACAUUGAUUGAGGAAAAUAAUGACCAGGCUUCACUGUGUAAUAGAGAUGGUUGUCCACUAGUGGUGGUGUGUGUUCAUGUCAACCAACAACAGCUGAGUGCAGAAUUGGCAGAUUUCAUCAGGAGUUUGGGUUGUGAAGUAUGGUGCACAAUCACUGAUAAAGUAGAAGGCCAAAAUGAUUGCAGUAAUUUAGGUGAUGAAAACAGAGACAGUUUCCAGGAGAAAGCUGAUGAUGCUGGAGUUGUCAUUGUACUGUUGUCAUCUGACUUUAUUCACUCUAGGACUUGUCAACAACAGUUGUAUUACUGUGAGCAAAGGAAGAAGGUGGUGCCCUUACUAACUGACAAUACACAAAUCCCUAGCUGGCUAGAGAUGAUGCUACAGUCUAACACUUAUACAUGUGUUGAAAAAAGGAAUUAUAAGGAGCACCUGCCCAAAGUACUAAAGAAACUGUUUGACCCAAAAGCAAGACAGAGCUGUAAUGCAGAACUUGAAGAAGCGAGGGUAUCAUAUGCUGUGAAGCAGUUAAAAAAACUUCUCAGGAGCAGUCUCUGUGUCUACAUAUGUGGUCCAUCUGUUUGUGAGAACAUUAGAAGUGAUCUAAUCAGACUGCUUGGAAAGGUUCUCAGUGAGUUUGAAGAUGUUACCAUGGUAACUGGAGGAGGAUACAAUAUAGAAUACAUGGUCAGUCACGCCUUUCUGGAGGAGACUCAACAAAAUUUGAGACCUCACAAAGUCUGGCAUGUCCUCCCAGAACAGGAAAAACAGGAUGUGAGUAAAGAUUACCCCCAGAACAGCGACGGAACAUUUCAGGUGAUCUCAUUCGGUCAGACUUAUUUCUGUGGGAAUAGUCAAGAGGAAAGGGAUCUCAUCAUUUCUAAAGCUGUUGAAGUUUGCCUGAUAGUGAUUGGAGAUUCAGAUGUGAAAUAUUUAAGGCUGGCCAAGAAGUUUGCUUGGAAUGAUCACCAUGUGAUACCAUUUGUAGUGAAUAUGGAGGGGGAUUCUACAUUCACUGAACAGCUUUCUCAUGGGAUUUCCUUGGAGGACUUCAGGGCCCUUAAUGACCCAAAAGGGGCACCUGAAAGGAGGGCUUAUGUGCUUCGCGACAUCCUCACAAGAAUUCAGGCAAACCUAGAAAUGGAACAAAAGGAAGAAGAAAGUCAAGAAAUGGAAAUGUCACCCCCAAGAAAAAUGUUAAGAAAAUCACCCUCAAAAGGCAGCAGCACUAGUCAUAAAAAAGUAUCACUUAAGAGUCUUAAUACAGUUAUUUUGUAAUAUAGUGGGGAUCUUUCUAUAUACAGUACUUUACUAAUUGAUAUUUAAUUGACAGUCCUUACUGCUACAACAAUGUGAAUACCCUAUUAUGUAUUGUAUUGGAUAUAAC